UGAACGAGCGUGUAAAUGCAACGAAAAUAGCACGGUACAUCCAAUAUGGCGGAGCUUUUCGCCAAGUAUAUCUGCACAAAUUGCCAGGAAGAUGUUCCAGGUAUACGAGUGCACUGCGCCGUUUGUCCGGAUUUUGAGCUUUGUCUCGCGUGCUUUGCUGUAGGAGCCGAGAUAGGACCGCAUCGCAAUGAUCAUGCGUAUCAGUUUAUGGACUCCGGUAUUUUGUCCAUCUACCAAGGCAAAAAUGGUUGGUCAGCACGGGAAGAACUUCAUCUGUUGGAUGCGAUUGAGCAGUAUGGUUUCGGUAACUGGGAAGACAUAAGUAAACACAUCGAAACUCGUACACCCGAAGAGGCUAAAGAUGAGUACGUUUCGAAGUUUCUCAACGGGUCAGUGGGGCGUAAUACCUGGACAUGGGAAGUCGAUCAUCGACCGCAGCUAACUGAUCAUACUUCUGAUGAUACCGGCCCUCUUGGUCAGUUACUAACCCAAAGACUCCCACCAAUGGAUUGUACUAAUGAGGAAGCAGCUGUGCUAGGAUAUAUGCCCAAUCGGGACGAUUUUGAGAGGGAGUACGAUCCGACAGCGGAGCAGCUCGUGUGCACCUUGUCACUGCAUCCAGAUGAUGAGGAUGUAGAUAUGUUAUUGAAGUUGGCUCAAGUCGACAUCUACACGAGAAGACUUCGUGAAAGAGCUAGACGGAAACGGGUCGUCCGAGACUAUCAAUUGGUAGCUAACUUUUUCCGGGGCAAUGCCAAACGAGCCAGAAUGACUCGCGAUCAACGCGAGUUCCGUGAACGGUUGCGAACAUUUUCCCAAUUUUACACGUCGCAAGAAUUUGAGCGAUUGAUUGCAACACUAGAGCGGGAGAGAAGUCUUCGCAUACGGUUGUCCGAAUUGAAUCGAUAUCGCUGGAACGGACUACAGCGAAAAGACGACUGUGUCCAUUUCGAGCAGCAUGCAGCAGCAGCACAACACAGAAAUACCGGUCCCUACGGGCACGGGCGUACGGACAACCGAAGCAAAGGCGGCUCAUGCGAAACAAGCAAGGAAUCGUUGGCGCCGCCCAGCUUGCCGAUAGCAAGAAAAAGCGAAAACGACGACCGAAGUUCAAAUUCCAUCGCCCAAAAGCUCACGCACCGCACCGUCGCCCCGGUCUCCUCCGAAGACUCAUUCAGCAGCAAAAACUACUCGGAUAGCUUACGGGAAACGGAUCCUGCGAAACAUCAGAAACAGCCCCGUCGCGGCAACCAGGUGUUUCCGGAUCCAGCUCAGCAGCCCGGCGUACAGUUACUAACGUCAAACGAACUGCAACUGUGCAACUUGCUCAUCAUGCCAGUAACUCGGUACCUUAGCCUCAAAACUGUAUUGCUAGGCAAUCCCUCACUAAAUCACAGCAGCAUCAGUUCUUUAGCAGAGGGUAUGGUGAAAAAGCAUCUCAUAAAAUCGGGCUGGUUAUAAAACAUGUCCAGUGGGCCGAAAUUGAGCAGCAUUCUUACGUUAGUAAUCGUUCAAAUAAUGCAACAAAUAAUUUGUACCUAAAAAUUACUGCCACUCAUCAUUGUUGAAAUGACACAAAGUAAACAUUCACCUUCAAAGGUUCUUUUGUACUACUGGAAAAGUGGUCAUUGGUGCAAACCGCUCUAGCAUUUUUCAAUAAUGGCUGUUUUCUGAAAUAGUAAAUAGAACCUUAACAGUAGAUGAGAUAGCUCCUACAUAAUCAAAAUGUAACUAUACUACGUUUCUGCUUAAAUAUACAGAAAAUUAGAGUGACAACUGUAUUAGAAAACUACUAUCGUUUACAUUCAUGUAUCAACGUCUGAACAUCCGUCAAUCUUCUUAGUCACGAAAAUUUUUAAUGUUACUAGAACGAUGUAGUCUCAAUCCUGUGGGAAGAAUGAUCAAUAUGUAUUCGUGACUCGUACUGUUAGCUUGUUGUAAUGUCUUCACUGCUAUCUAGAGUGGUGAACAUUAUUAUCAAGUGCACUAACAAACUGUUGAUUAGUGUAGAUAGAUAAUUCGAUACCAAAAUAAUGCCAAUAAAAUUCCCUUAUGUGAA